AUGCGCAAAAACGGCUGCGCAGAAACGGCUGCGCAGAAACGGCUGCGCAGAAACGGCUGCGCAGAAACGGCUGCGCAGAAACGGCUGCGCAGAAACGGCUGCGCAGAAACGGCUGCGCAGAAACGGCUGCGCAGAAACGGCUGCGCAGAAACGGCUGCGCAGAAACGGCUGCGCAGAAGCGGCUGCGCAGAAGCAGCUGCGCAGAAUCAGCUGCGCAGAAUCAGCUGCGCAGAAGCAGCUGCGCAGAAGCAGCUGCGCAGAAGCAGCUGCGCAGAAACAGCUGCGCAGAAGCAGCUGCGCAGAUACAGCUGCGCAGAUACAGCUGCGCAGAAACGGCUGCGCAGAAACGGCUGCGCAGAAACGGCUGCGCUGAUACGGCUGCGCAGAAACGGCUGCGCAGAAACGGCUGCGCAGAAACGGCUGCGCAGAAGCGGCUGCGCAGAAGCGGCUGCGCAGAAGCGGCUGCGCAGAAGCGGCUGCGCAGAAGCGGCUGCGCAGAAACGGCUGCGCAGAUACGGCUGCGCAGAAACGGCUGCGCAGAAACGGCUGCGCAGAAACGGCUGCGCAGAAACGGCUGCGCAGAAACGGCUGCGCAGAAACGGCUGCGCAGAAACGUAUGCGCAGAAACGGCUGCGCAGAAACGGCUGCGCAGAAACGGCUGCGCAGAAACGGCUGCGCAGAAACGGCUGCGCAGAAACCGCUGCGCAGAAACGGCUGCGCAGAAACGGCUGCGCAGAAACGGCUGCGCAGAAACGGCUGCGCAGAAACGGCUGCGCAGAAACGGCUGCGCAGAAACGGCUGCGCAGAAACGGCUGCGCAGAAACAGCUGCGCAGAAACAGCUGCGCAGAAACAGCUGCGCAGAAACAGUGCGCAGAAACAGCUGCGCAGAAACAGCUGCGCAGAAACAGCUGCGCAGAUACAGCUGCGCAGAUACAGCUGCGCAGAUACAGCUGCGCAGAAACAGCUGCGCAGAAACAGCUGCGCAGAUACAGCUGCGCAGAUACAGCUGCGCAGAAACAGCUGCGCAGAAACAGCUGCGCAGAAACAGCUGCGCAGAAACAGCUGCGCAGAAACAGCUGCGCAGAAACAGCUGCGCAGGAACAGCUGCUCAGAAACAGCUGCGCAGAAACAGCUGCGCAGAAACAGCUGCGCAGGAACAGCUGCGCAGGAACAGCUGCGCAGAAACAGCUGCGCAGGAACAGCUGCGCAGGAACAGCUGCGCAGGAACAGCUACGCAGGAACAGCUGCGCAGGAACAGCUGCGCAGGAACAGCUGCGCAGGAACAGCUGCGCAGGAACAGCUGCGCAGGAACAGCUGCGCAGGAACAGCUGCGCAGAAACAGCUGCGCAGAAACAGCUGCGCAGAAACAGCGGCGCAGAAACAGCGGCGCAGAAACACUCUAUAGCCUCCGGUUACAGGAGCGUACCUCCAUGUUCAAUGUUUUUUGGGCAGUUGAACAUCUGCGCAGAAGCGGCUGCGCAGGAACAGCUGCGCAGAAGCGGCUGCGCAGAAGCGGCUGCGCAGAAGCGGCUGCGCAGAAGCGGCUGCGCAGAAGCGGCUGCGCAGAAGCGGCUGCGCAGAAGCGGCUGCGCAGAAACGGCUGCGCAGAAACGGCUGCGCAGAAGCGGCUGCGCAGAAGCGGCUGCGCAGAAGCGGCUGCGCAGAAGCGGCUGCGCAGAAGCGGCUGCGCAGAAGCGGCUGCGCAGAAGCGGCUGCGCAGAAGCGGCUGCGCAGAAACGGCUGCGCAGAAACGGCUGCGCAGUAACGGCUGCGCAGAAACGGCUGCGCAGAAACGGCUGCGCAGAAACGGCUGCGCAGAUACGGCUGCGCAGAAACGGCUGCGCAGAAGCGGCUGCGCAGAAGCGGCUGCGCAGAAGCGGCUGCGCAGAAGCGGCUGCGCACAAGCGGCUGCGCAGAAGCGGCUGCGCAGAAGCGGCUGCGCAGAAGCGGCUGCGCAGAAGCGGCUGCGCAGAAGCGGCUGCGCAGAAGCGGCUGCGCAGAAGCGGCUGCGCAGAAGCGGCUGCGCAGAAGCGGCUGCGCAGAAACGGCUGCGCAGAAACGGCUGCGCAGAAACGGCUGCGCAGCAGCAGCUGCGCAGAAGCAGCUGCGCAGAAGCAGCUGCGCAGAAACAGCUGCGCAGAUGCAGCUGCGCAGAAACAGCUGCGCAGAAACAGCUGCGCAGAAACAGCUGCGCAGAAACAGCUGCGCAGAAGCGGCUGCGCAGAAGCGGCUGCGCAGAAGCGGCUGCGCAGAAGCGGCUGCGCAGAAGCGGCUGCGCAGAAGCGGCUGCGCGGAAGCGGCUGCGCGGAAGCGGCUGCGCGGAAACGGCUGCGCAGAAGCGGCUGCGCAGAAGCGGCUGCGCAGAAGCGGCUGCGCAGAAGCGGCUGCGCAGAAGCGGCUGCGCAGAAGCGGCUGCGCAGAAACGGCUGCGCAGAAACGGCUGCGCAGAAACGGCUGCGCAGAAACGGCUGCGCAGAAACGUAUGCGCAGAAACGGCUGCGCAGAAACGGCUGCGCAGAAACGGCUGCGCAGAAACGGCUGCGCAGAAACGGCUGCGCAGAAACGGCUGUGCAGAAACGGCUGCGCAGAAACGGCUGCGCAGAUACGGCUGCGCAGAUACAGCUGCGCAGAUACAGCUGCGCAGAAACAGCUGCGCAGAUACAGCUGCGCAGAAACAGCUGCGCAGGAACAGCUGCGCAGAAACAGCUGCGCAGAAACAGCUGCGCAGAAACAGCUGCGCAGGAACAGCUGCGCAGGAACAGCUGCGCAGGAACAGCUGCGCAGGAACAGCUGCGCAGAAACAGCUGCGCAGGAACAGCUGCGCAGGAACAGCUGCGCAGGAACAGCUGCGCAGCAACAGCUGCGCAGAAACAGCUGCGCAGAAACAGCUGCGCAGAAACAGCUGCAGAAACAGCUGCGCAGAAACAGCGGCGCAGAAACAGCGGCGCAGAAACAGCGGCGCAGAAACAGCGGCGCAGAAACACUCUAUAGCCUCCGGUUACAGGAGCAAGCGGCUGCGCAGAAGCGGCUGCGCAGAAGCGGCUGCGCAGAAGCGGCUGCGCAGAAGCGGCUGCGCAGAAGCGGCUGCGCAGAAGCGGCUGCGCAGAAGCGGCUGCGCAGAAGCGGCUGCGCAGAAGCGGCUGCGCAGUAGCGGCUGCGCAGUAGCGGCUGCGCAGAAGCGGCUGCGCAGAAGCGGCUGCGCAGAAACGGCUGCGCAGAAACGGCUGCGCAGAAACGGCUGCGCAGAAACGGCUGCGCAGAAACGGCUGCGCAGAAGCGGCUGCGCAGAAGCGGCUGCGCAGAAGCGGCUGCGCAGAAGCGGCUGCGCAGAAGCGGCUGCGCAGAAGCGGCUGCGCAGAAGCGGCUGCGCAGAAGCGGCUGCGCAGAAGCGGCUGCGCAGAAGCGGCUGCGCAGAAGCGGCUGCGCAGAAGCGGCUGCGCAGAAACGGCUGCGCAGAAACGGCUGCGCAGAAACGGCUGCGCAGAAACGGCUGCGCAGAAACGGCUGCGCAGAAACGGCUGCGCAGAUACGGCUGCGCAGGAACGGCUGCGCAGGAACGGCUGCGCAGGAACGGCUGCGCAGGAACGGCUGCGCAGGAACGGCUGCGCAGGAACGGCUGCGCAGGAACGGCUUCGCAGGAACGGCUGCGCAGCAGCGGCUGCGCAGAAGCGGCUGCGCAGAAGCGGCUGCGCAGAAGCGGCUGCGCAGUAGCGGCUGCGCAGAAGCGGCUGCGCAGAAGCGGCUGCGCAGAAGCGGCUGCGCAGAAGCGGCUGCGCAGAAGCGGCUGCGCAGAAGCGGCUGCGCAGAAGCGGCUGCGCAGAAGCGGCUGCGCAGAAGCGGCUGCGCGGAAGCGGCUGCGCAGAAGCGGCUGCGCAGAAGCGGCUGCGCAGAAGCGGCUGCGCAGAAACGGCUGCGCAGAAACGGCUGCGCAGAAACGGCUGCGCAGAAACGGCUGCGCAGGAACGGCUGCGCAGAAACGGCUGCGCAGAAACGGCUGCGCAGAAACGGCUGCGCAGAAACGGCUGCGCAGAAACGACUGCGCAGAAACAGCUGCGCAGAAGCAGCUGCGCAGAAGCAGCUGCGCAGAAUCAGCUGCGCAGAAGCAGCUGCGCAGAAGCAGCUGCGCAGAAGCAGCUGCGCAGAAACAGCUGCGCAGAAACAGCUGCGCAGAUACAGCUGCGCAGAUACAGCUGCGCAGAAACGGCUGCGCAGAAACGGCUGCGCAGAAACGGCUGCGCAGAAACGGCUGCGCAGAAACGGCUGCGCAGAAACGGCUGCGCUGA